AUGAACGCCGCGCCCCGGAUGUGGCAGGCUGCUGCCGCCACCGGCCGCUCGGCCCAGCGACAGUCGCCUCGAAUCUGCCGCAAUGCGCAAUGCCGGUCACCGCUGUCCCAGCGACGGGACGUCCCCAGCUUCCGCAGAAACGCCUCGAGCACGACGCCGAAUGGAGGACCGCAGCAGAGCCAAUCGCCAUCCGCUUCCAUGGAACAGGCUCGACAGUAUUAUAGCAACAGGAACACGACUAUUGGGUACUAUGCUAUAAGCAUUAUGCUCGGGACAUUGGCCUGUGCAUACGGCUCCGUGCCGUUCUACAAGAUGAUCUGCCAAACGACCGGCUGGGGAGGACAACCGGUGCGUGCCCACGGCACAAGCGGCGAAAAGUACGAAGAUAUAUCUACGCGCGUCGUCCCCGUGACGUCGGCGAACCGCAUCAAAGUCACCUUCAACGCCUCCGUCUCCGACGUGCUGCCAUGGAAGUUCGUACCGCAGCAGCGCGAGGUCAGUGUCUUGCCCGGCGAGACCGCCUUGGCCUUCUAUACAGCCACGAACAAGGGCGACAAGGACAUUAUUGGCGUCGCGACGUACAGCGUCACUCCCGGGCAGUGCGCCCCGUACUUCAGCAAGAUCCAGUGCUUCUGCUUCGAGGAGCAGAGGCUGAACGCCGGCGAGACGGUAGACAUGCCCGUCUUUUUCUACCUGGAUCCCGAUCUGUUGAACGACCUGAACAUGAGGGGUGUCGAGACCGUAACUCUCAAUUACACUUUCUUCAAAGCGAGAUAUGACAACAAUGGAAGAUUCCAGCCACCUACCAGCUAG